UCAUGAGUUAGAAGAGAUAAUGAAUUUUUUAAUAAUUGAGCCUUUUCAGGUGCAAUACAUAUUCCUGAAUGACCAAAAAUCUCCAGCGUUUGAAAUAAAUUUACUCCAUUUAUCUCCAUUUGAUCAACGAAUAUGCACUUUUUUAUCAAUUGUAGAUAACCCUUUCUGUUUGAGCAAUUGAAGAUGUGUGAGUUCUGCGUAAUGUGUACACAAUUUAGAUAGGUAUUGCAUGUAAACAUCAAAAGAGAAACUCACCUAACCUCGUAAAUAGCUUUAGAACUUGCCAGAAUUUCCAGUUAUAGGAAGUGCUGUAUAGCGGUAAAUAAAGUUGGAAUAAUUCAACAAAUUUUAUAUCAAAUAAUUUAUCUAAAAUGUCUUCUGAUGAAGAAAACGAUGAAAUUCAAGAUCUCGAAGCAAUUCGUGAUAAAAUUUUAAGUAUGCCGGCGAGUGAAUGCAUGCAAGUGAGUGCAUGGGAAGAUGACAAUGAUGGAAUAGAAUCUCAACGAAAUCCUGAUGAUCGCGAUGCUAAAGCAAUACUGACAGCAGCAGAGAAUGGCAGAUAUGAAGUAGUUCGUAUCCUUCUUGAAAAGAAUCCUGCUCUUGUUGAUGCAGUUGAUAAAGAUGGAUAUACUCCACUUCAUAGAGCUUGUUACAGUAAUAAUGUCAAUAUACUCGAGCUUCUUUUGCAAAAAGGGGCAAAAAUAGAUGCCAAAACCAUAGAUGGUUGGGAACCAUUACAUUCAGCAUGUUGUUGGAAUAAUAUCGAUUGCAUUGCUAUGCUAGUUGCUAAUGGUGCAAAUAUUAAUGCAUUAAGCAAUGGUGAUCAAACUCCAUUGCAUUUAGCAUGUGCAAGUUCUCAUAACUCUCCAGCAUUACAGCUUUUAUUACUUCAUCCAGAUACAAAACCAACAUUAGUUAACUCUAGUGGUGACACACCUCAAAUGAUAGCUACAAGAACGGGGAAAUAUUAUCCCAUUUUUGAAGUAAUUGAGCCAUGUUUGAAUGAAAUAUAAAAUAAUUUAAGUAAAUUUACAUUAACGUUACAUUAUUAAGUAUCUUAACAGCUAAGUACUACUUUCCAUCAUUAUUGUCCUUAAAUUUUAUUUAGAAAAAAUA